AGGCGAUCAGCUGAUUCACUGACGGGUUCAAUCAACGACAACGUAGUUCACGUAGGAAACGGAAAAGUGGAAUAACAAAAGAAAAAUAAGAGAAAGAAGAUGACGAAAUAUCCGAUUAGCCGACACAAUAAAUGCUGUUAUAAGUAUGUGUUAUAUAGGCAGGAAAGAGAGGUUAUAGGUUAUAAGUAGCACAUUGUCACGAUAAUUAUCUUUAACGGUCACGCGGUCAUAUUCAUUAUUCUCUUUGUACUCAAGUGACUGCAAGUUCAAAUAAUAAAUCGUAUAUCUUCCACUAUGGCAAAUAAAAUGAAGGUGGGAAUAAUAUGUGGUUCGGGUUUGGGUGAUAGCUUAAGUAAAACAUUCAAUUGCAGCAGUAUCACAAGUCGCGAGAAUGCAAAGAAUGAUUUUGGAUAUCCGUCCAGUGAUCUCUAUCAUGGAUGCAUUGAUGGAGUAGAUAUAGUGCUAUUGGCCAGACAUGGCGCAGGACAUGUAUUUAGUCCUACAAGAGUUAAUUACCGUGCUAACAUAGAAGCAUUGCGACUUGCUGACUGUACCCAUAUACUGGCAUCUACUGCAUGUGGAUCGUUAACAGAGUCUAUUGGUAAGGGACAAUUAGUCGUGCCUGAUAGCUUCAUAGAUAGAACUAUUUCCAGGGAGAGUACAUUCUAUGAUGGAACAUCUAUCAAGUAUAACGGAGUAUGCCAUAUGCCGAUGGAGCCUGCAUUUGAUCCGCGAACAUCGGAAAUCUUAUUGCAAGCAGCAAAAAAGUUGGGAUAUAACAUAAGGAAUGGUGGGACAGUAAUAACUAUUGAAGGACCGCGCUUUUCAUCUAAAGCAGAGAGUAAUGCUCUGCGCCUUUGGGGUGGACAUUUGGUCAACAUGACUAUAUGCCCAGAGGUAGUCCUAGCGAAAGAAGCAGGUCUUUUAUACGCAGCUAUAGCCAUGGCGACUGAUUACGAUUGCUGGAAAAAAUGCGACGAUAAUGUUCAUGCAGCUGACGUAUUAGUUGUGUUCAAACAAAAUGUUCAUAAAAUAACAAAUGUGUUACUAGAGGCAGUGAAACUUAUUGGCUGUGGAGAUUGGCAGCAGGAUAUUUUUAAAUUGAAGAACUUAAUUGAGAGCAGCAAUGUGACUGAAAAGAAAUAAAACUUGCUUGCAAAGUGAAACGAAGAAAUCGUGUCUACAGGUGUAUAUAUAUAUAAUCCUGUAUAUAUAUAUAAUCAUAACUAUGUAGUAUCGAAUCUAAGAUAUAUAAGAUUUCAAUGAAAGUCUUUAUAAAAUUUUUUUAUAUUCCACGCAGGUACAAAUCUUUAUAUUGUAUGAUAUAGAGGACUAUUAUACAAAGAACCAAUU